CCGCGGUUACAGAUCAGAAGAUGGGUGGCAGCAGGGACGUGCAGUGGAGCGCGCAGAUUCCAUCAAACGCCAUUACCACCGGCCUUGGCAAAACCCCGCAAGAAAUCCUGACGCUCUUUGGAGAUAACCUGACCCCUGUCGAGAGGAGUGAACUCUUCACCGUGGACCGUGUCUGGUAUUUCGGACUCCACAACAGAGGAUUAGGCACCGUGAACCUGGACUACGAUGAUGCCUAUAACCAUUACGUCUCGGUCCAAUACGAGCAUCUAAAUUUCCGCUACGAGGUGCUGGAAUGGUUGGUGCUCAAAGGUCAAAGCCAGCUCUUUAGAUGCCGAGACCACAAGACCAACACCAUGGUGAACGUGAAGAUGUGGAGGCAGCCAACGAGCCCCCAGGAUAACCACAUGCAGGCGAUGCAGCUCAAGAUCUUCAUCAGACUUCAGGAACUGGCCAAUGAUUUCAAUGUAAAACUUCUGGACCAUUUUUACUUCAGAGGGCACAACUGCCUCGUCCUGGAGGACUUAUGCAAUCCAAGUGUCUCCCAUUCUAUUAAAUCGAUGAAAUCCCAGCGAGACGUGAUGGCGAUAGUGAAACUAAUCACCAAGUCCAUUCUCAGAAUCCUGAACCAGCUCCACGCCAAGGGGAUUGUGCAUGGGAACAUCAAGCCGAGGAACUUGUCAUUCAAGGACGCCUUGGCAAGAACCAUCCGCAUCAAAAACGUGGAGAGCAGUUUUUUUCCCGGAUCUCAAUGUUCACAGAUUUUCGGCACUCGUGCGUACCUUGCCCCAGAGGCUUUCCUGGGACACGCGGCCUCGUUCCCGGUUGACAUGUGGGCGCUGGGCUGUACGGUGGCCGAGUUGGCUACCGGGAGCGUCCUGUUUCCGGCCGUCGGCCGAUAUGACCAACUUCCAUGUUACAUGGAGGUCCUGGGAAUGCCUCCUGAGAGUCUGGUGAAUGCCGCGCCCGAGAGGAACAAAUACUUUGACCCUUUGGGCAAUCCUGUGAUGUCCGGACAAGACAGGGUACCGGGCAGUAACCCAAUCAGCGUGGCCCUCGGGAGUCAGGACACGGAGUUCAACGACUUCAUCAGCCGCUGCUUGGAAUGGGAUCCGACUCUGCGCAUGACGCCUGUCGAGGCGCUGGUGCACCCUUGGCUGGGAAGGACGCCACCGGACGAGAGAGUGCCCAGGCAGCCAGCGGCAUCCGCCCAGGAGGAUGAGAUGCAACAGGACGCGUCGGUGGAGCAGCACGAGCCUGGGCCCCAAGCUGGGCCCCAGGUGGAGCAGCACGUGCCUGGGCCCCAAGCUGGGCCCCAGAUGGAGCAGCACGAGCCUGGGCCCCAGGUGGAGCAGCACGAGCCUGGGCCCCAGGUGGAGCAGCACGAGCCUGGGCUCCAGGAUGGGCUCCAGGUGGAGCAGCACGAGCCUGGGCUCCAGGUGGAGCAGCACGAGCCUGGGCCCCAGGUGGAGCAGCACGUGCCUGGGCUCCAAGCUGGGCCCCAGGUGGAGCAGCACGUGCCUGGGCCCCAAGCUGGGCCCCAGGUGGAGCAGCACGAGCCUGGGCCCCAGGUGGAGCAGCACGAGCCUGGGCCCCAGGUGGAGCAGCACGAGCCUGGGCCCCAGGUGGAGCAGCACGUGCCUGGUCCCCAGGUGGAGCAGCACGUGCCUGGGCCCCAGGAUGGGCCCCAGGUGGAGCAGCACGAGCCUUGGCUCCAGGAUGGGCUCCAGGUGGAGCAGCACGAGCCUGGGCCCCAGGUGGAGCAGCACGAGCCUGGGCCCCAGGUGGAGCAGCACGAGCCUGGGCCCCAGGUGGAGCAGCAAGUGCCUGGGCUCCAGGAUGGGCUCCAGGUGGAGCAGCACGAGCCUGGGCUCCAGCGGGCAGACGAGGAGAAGAAGAGCGAGGAGGAGGAGGAGAAUCGGGAGCAGAAGAAUGGGGAGGAGGAGAAUAGGAAGAAGAAGCACAGUCAAGCGGCUCUUUAA